GUCUGCGAUUGCCUUCGGGUAUCAUUGGUUGACUUUUGAACUACCUUAUCCAGGCCCGAGCAACACCUUCUCUCAAUCAUUACUUGCUUGCUCCAUUAGCACGCUUCGUUCCUACGCCCACCUAGCCCUACGUUAUUCGUCUCUUUAGCAUAUCAAAUAGCGCAUCGAGCAUCGAGUAAAGUCAUCGAGGGCACGCGACCGACCAACCACAAUGGCGACCGAGAAGCCGCUUCCCUUCAUCUACCAGUUCGCAGCCGGUGCGGUGGCCGGCGUGUCAGAGAUCCUGGUCAUGUAUCCUUUGGACGUUGUAAAGACAAGAGUACAGAUCCAAGGCAGAGUGCCUGUACCCGGUCAGGACCACUACUCCGGCAUGCUGGAUUGCUUUCGGAAGAUAAUUGCGAAUGAAGGUCCGUCACGGCUGUACCGCGGCAUAACAGCACCUAUCCUCAUGGAAGCACCGAAGCGAGCAACCAAAUUCGCAGCCAACGACGAGUGGGGCAAAGUGUACCGCAACCUUUUCGGCGUCUCGAAGAUGACACAAGGUCUUUCCAUCCUUACUGGGGCGUCGGCGGGUGCGACAGAGGCUUUUGUGGUUGUGCCCUUCGAGCUGGUGAAGAUUCGGUUACAAGACAAGGCGCAAGCGCACAAGUAUAACGGCAUGAUUGACUGCGUUGUGAAGAUUGUCCGGCAAGAAGGCUUGUUGGCCAUGUACCAAGGUCUCGAGUCCACAAUCUGGCGACACAUGCUCUGGAACAGCGGCUACUUUGGAUGCAUCUUCCAGGUCCGCGCUCUAUUACCGCCCAACCCUACCAAAGACAAGACCAUCCAAAUGCGGAACGACCUCAUCUCUGGCUCGAUUGGAGGAACUGUUGGCACGAUUCUAAACACCCCCAUGGACGUUGUUAAGAGUCGUAUUCAGAACAGCCCCAUUGUUGCCGGAGGCGUGCGCAAGUACGGCUGGGCAUGGCCUGCACUUGUGACUGUCUACAGGGAAGAAGGGUUUGGAGCGCUUUACAAGGGUUUCUUGCCAAAGGUGUUACGGUUGGGCCCAGGUGGUGGUAUCCUGCUUGUUGUGUUCACCGGCAUGAUGGAUUUCUUCAGAAGGAUGAGAGGCGAAGCGGUAUAAGAUGCGCGCCUCGGCUCCGAACACUGUGCUGAGUUUACUAGCUAGUCGAAGGCGUCGUGGUGUACAGUAGGUACUCAGGCUGCAUACCCUGCAUAGCGAGGUGUAACACUUGUUCAUCCUCUCCCGUGGAGGUACCAUCCCUGCC